AAUACAAUUGACAAUGUUUUUAAUUAUAAUAUAUAGGGUCAAACCAUAACUAAUCACAAUUUAAUUACAUUGAGUGAUGGCAAGAGAAGCUUAACGUAACGCAUGCCAGAAAAACAGAAAGGACAUUUCACACAUGGAAAAUCCCAGGAAGAGAAACUGCCCCUUGUCUUUUGUUACCUUCAAAUUCAAUCCUUCGCUGUCUCUCUCUCUCUCUCACACACACACACACACAGACGGUGCUAGCUAAUUCUUUCUAUUCCUUCCAUCAUAUGCAAGCACAAGCGUAACCAGCGACCUUACUUUCUUUUCUUCUUUCAUUACAAAAUUGUCUUGAUCCUUUUCAUUUUUUCAUGUCGGUUUAUUUUUGAACCCCAAAGGUAGAACCUUUCUUUACUUUUUAAUAAUUAUAAUGAGAAGCAUAGCAUCUUGUUACAACGAACAUGCAAUUAGAGUGUCUGAUUCAUAUUGCUCAAGGCCUUCAACCCAGGCCUAUCUCGGUCCAAAACUUCACCCUUCCACCAGAGAUUCUGUAACCUGCAUGUACAAACUCACCCUCAUCGAAACGCAAAAACAACUCUUUAUUACGCUUACUUGGUCCAAGAAACUCUUGGGCCAAGGCUUCACCAUAACCAUCACCAAUUCCGAACACUCUCUUUCUCCCUCUAAAUCCAACGCAAGACAAUUGAGAAAAAUCAAAGGCAACGAAACACUCCAAUCCCAAAAUUUCAAAGUCCAAGUCCUGUGGGAUCUCUCCGAUGCAAAGUACGAGGAAGGACCAGAACCCGUUGGUGCGUUUUACGUAGUCGUUUUGGUGAACUCCGAACUGGGCCUACGCCUUGGCGACAAAAAUUCUUUAAUUGAAGAAUUGUUAUCAAACCUGGACGCAAAAGAAGCGAAUUUCUCGUUGGUUUCACGGAGCGAGACGUUUUCCGGCACCGCGGUUUACGCGACGAAGGCGAAAUUCUCGGAGACGGGAAUAUCUCACGAGAUAUUGAUAAAGUGCGGCGCGGAGGUGGUCGAGGGGGGAGAGGCGAAGAAGGGUCACGUGUUGUCCGUGUGCGUGGACAAGAAGACAAUUUUCCAGGUUAAGAGGCUGAGGUGGAACUUUCGUGGGAACCAAACUAUUUUUGUCGAUGGUUUGGUCGUGGAUAUGAUGUGGGACGUGCACGAUUGGCUUUUCAAUUCGAAUUCUGCUUCAUCUGCAGUGUUCAUGUUCAGGACAAGGAGUGGCCUCGAUAGUAGAUUAUGGUUGGAGGAGAAGAGUUUGCACGCGCACAAGGAACAGGACAAAAUUGGUUUCUCUUUGUUGAUUUGUGCCUGUAAGAACAAUGACUGAUUCAAUCUUUUUUUCACUUUUAAUUCAUCUGGAUUUUAUAGGAUUGAAAAAACUGACACCUGUUUAUAUUUUUCUUCUUCUUCUUAAUCUUAGUAUCUGUCGAUGAUAUUUGGUUAGUGGUCAUGUAAUCGUGACCCUUUGAACCAGAAUAGAUGAAAGUUUAUAGAUUAUAUUAAUUAUUUGUAUCGUUGAAGUAUUUUUAUUUUUCUUGCACGAAACAUUGUUCGGCUGAGAUAUGUAUUAAAAUUGUCAGAAACAUAUUCUCACCUUUUAUCCAAAUAUGACAGUAAAUAUCUA